AUGGAGGCGCAGCGGGACCGCGACGCGCUCGGCGGCGGGACGGGGGCUGACGCGCCCGAGAGCCCCCAGGAGCCGCCGCCGUCCCCGCCGUCCCCGCCGUCCCCGCCGUCCCCGCCGUCGCCAGCCACCCCCGAGAGCCCGCAGCUCCCGAAGCCCGAGCCGCCCGCGGAGGCCCACGCGCGGCAGCUGCUGCUGGACGAGUGGAGGCCCCUGGGCGGGCGCCUGCAGCUGCCCCCGCGCCUCACCUGGAAGCUGCUGCUCGUGCGGCGGCCGCUCUACCGCAACCUGCUGCGCUCGCCCAACCCCGAAGGGAUCAACAUUUACCAGCCAGCACCCCCUACCGGCCCCACCCGGCAGCCCCUGGAGGCUCUAGGCAAUUUCCGGGGAUGGCACAUUAGAACAGAGACGCUCCAGCAGGACCUCAGCUGGACGGUGAAGCAGCAGUGCGUGAACCUCCUGGCCGAGGGCCUGUGGGAGGAGCUGCUGGACGAUGAGCAGCCGGACAUCACCGUCAUGGACUGGUACGAGGACAGCCGACUUGACCAGUGCGUCUACGAGCUGCACGUGUGGCUGCUGGCCGCGGACCGUCGCACGGUCAUCGCGCAGCACCACGUGGCCCCCCGGAGCUCUGGGCGUGGCCCCGCUGGCCACUGGAUACAGGUGUCCCACGUGUUCCGCCAGUACGGCCCCGGGGUGCGCUUCGUCCACUUCCUGCACAAGACCAAGAACCGCAUGGAGCCCGGUGGGCUUCGCCGGACAAGGGUGACCGACUCCUCCGUGUCUGUGCAGCUCAGGGAGUGACAGGCUGACCCUGGGCCUCCCAGAGCCUCCCCUGACCUCGGAGCACCCCCUGACCUUUGACCGCGACCUGGGCUUCUCCCCUGAAACCUUCACACAUCCCUGAAUGUCUGAC